CGCUUUGGCGGAAGAUGGCCGUCGCGUGCCGAUUGUUGCUCUGAUUGUUUACGACGAUUUAAAAAGUUUUUAACUAUUAAAACGUUAUUAUUGACUGUGAACUUUAAUAAAAAGUUGUUUAGUGAAUUGAUUAGGUGGUGCCAAGUGAAUUUAAAAGUUGUUUUAUUCAGUUUUUCUCUCAAAAAGUGCUACAACUUUGGUGUGAAUGAAGCUACCAGUUUUCUAAGAGUGGUUUUACAGUGGAAUGUUGUGAUAAUAUUCCGAUUGGAUAUUGUGUUUAAGCUCAAGUUUCGUUUAGGAUUACCUACAAAUAUUCUUAAAGAUGGCGCCGUCAGCAUAAAAUGUAGCUUGGCCUCUUUAAUUUGGUCAUCAUGAGCAUACGGCGAAGGGUGAUGGGAAAACAGGAUUCCAGCUGGCGGAGAGUCUUCAGUGUAUUUGUGUGUGUGAUAGUGUUAUGUGAUAGUGUCAGUGGUAAGCAAAUGAGUGAGACGCUGCAAAGGGCGCUGUCAGCGGUCCGUGGACCGAGUCCUGGGGCAAAGAAGCUGCUCAAUAUUCCUGAGGAUGGAGCGGACCCUUUGCCCGGCAAGCACGUACCACUUGAGAGCUAUGAGAGCGAGCUGGAGCGAGAACACGCGCUGCCGACGUCCGUCCCCAACGCUGACAUACUCAAGACUAACAGCAAUCCAACCUAUCACAAGCCCAGGCCACCCGCCCACCACGGCGCGGCCCUGCUGGCUGGCGUCGGCGCGGUACCCUCGUACGCGCCGCCAGGCCGCGCGUUCUUCACUCCGCCGUUGCCGCCGGAGUACCGAAACCCGUUUGCUGAUAAGCCAACACUUAGAGGCACGAACACAGAUGGGAACAGUUACCUUAAUCGGCGGCCCAUCCCUCCUCCUUCCCUUGGGCCUGGGCAUGAACGCAUACCCAUCAGACCACCAGGACAGGAAACGUCCUCCCCACAAGUGCCGGCGCCUCCGCCCGCACCGCCUUUGCCGCCAGUUGGACUGGAACCGCAGAAGAAAAAGGCCCUUAACACUCCCAGUCAUAAGCCGGAAGAAUUAGAUGGCGACAAGCAUGGGUCGGAUCAAGCAAAUUUCACAGACUUUGUGCCGAAUUCGCUUAACAUCCCAACAAUAUCGAGGAUCCUUUCCGGUUCCAAUGGAAGGAAAGAAGAUAUUCCAGAUGUUCUUCUCAGAACAGUCACCGCGAAACCCCAACAUAAUCAAGAGAAGACUUCAAAAAGUGACAUAUAUGUCACAAAGGACGCUGGUGUGACACUUAGUGAUUCUAAUAGAGACACUUCAACGGAAGGCGUUUUAGCUGUACUAGACCCCGAUAUGAAUAAUUUAGAUAGGCCACUUAUUGUAGAACAGAAUGGAGAAACGAACACUAGAAGGAAUCUCCAAUAUGCGACAAACAAACAACCAGAACGAAACGAUAGCAGAAAAGACGGUACCUUCACACCUGCGACGACAAUCGGCUUCGAAUUGAGCGAUCCUGAAAUGUCAACGGAGAGAUAUCAUAACCUAGCAAACGUUAAUUCAGAUAAGAAAAUACUAAAACACGAUUCGAAGACCAACGGCCCAGUGCAAAGACUGGGAGUGACAUGGCCGGUCGCUUGGAACAUUCACAUCUAUGGAGCAGCCGUUAUUUUCACAUUUCUCGCCGGAUAUUCCAUAUAUUCGAUCAUAUAUUACAAUAAAUUCACGCAUCUCUUCACUCAAUACUAUUUUAUAAUUCUACAUUUGAUAUUGGUGUUUGUUUGUGUUCUGAGAAUAUUCUAUAUGUUGUAUGAUCCGUAUAAUAUUAACAAUUCAUUGCCAGUUUUCACGAGCGAAAUUCUCCUUCACGUUCCGGAGAUAUUCUUGAGUCUAGCAUUUGCGUCAACCAUUCUGUUCCUUUUAACGAAUAGUAUUAAUUUUAAGACUACUUGCUGCGCGUUCCUCUACCGCCCCAGGACGAUUAUUAUUGGCGGAGGUCUGCAUCUUUUGUCCUGUAUAAUGUUGCAUAUCCUUGAAAAUAGUAAAACGAUUAUUAGGUCCCCACAGGGGGUCGAAAAAAGGGUACUAGGUCUAACUUGUCAAAUUAUAUUUAUUAUGGUCUGCCUCACUAUCGGGCUUUGCUACCUAUAUGUGUACAAAAUGCUUAAACAGAUAUUACAAAAGAAAAGUCACACAUAUAUUCAUGGUUUUCAAAACCUGCACCAAGCGAUACACAUAAACCUGGCUACAGCAAUGCUAUUUAUUUUGAUGGCAACGCUUCAAAUUUACGGCAUAAUUGGUAUAAAUCAAGUAAAUAUGACUAAAUUUGAUUGGUUGCAAUGGGGCUAUCAGUUUUCAUUGCGACUGAUCGAAAUCAGCAUAGUAGCUCUUAUUUCCUGGGUAAUAAGUCUUAAAGUAGGCGUAGUCACUUCUCUGCAACACGAGAAGGCUGACGGUCAAAAAAUACCAGGACUUGGACUAUUCCCUUGCACGGCAGGGUCCAGUAAUGAACAAUUUGAAUCUGACUUUCCCGCUAUUUGUAAUACAAAUACGAACUUACACACGUAUACUUUGAGAACGGGUAAGCCUAUUUAUGAAACCGCAGGUCAUCAUACCAACUUGCCAGACCAAUGCUGCGGUCCAGUAGACCACCAGAGAUUCCCAUUAAAUACAUUAGUCGGUAAUUGCGAUAACAAUUCUGGCACGGAAAACUAUUCUGGACACAGUUCCAUUGCAAAUGCCGGCCAUAGCAGUUCGACAGAAUCGAGCAAUGCCACCUCUAGCCAAGGUGUUACCAAUCAUUUGAUCAAACCCCAUCCAAACAUGGCUGGUUACAGCGGUAUAGAGUCCGCCUCCGACGACCAUUAUUCCAACUGCGAUCCCGCAAUGCAAUCGUUACAAGGUGACGAUCCAUUAGACCACGAAUACAAUGUCAUCCAAUACGGUAGCAAUAGUGAUUUUAUUCGAGAUAUCAAAAACCAAAACUACAACGGCGGUUCAAAUCGUAGUUCCCAUAACUUCAAACACAUGUCCUAUGAUAGGGUUUCGUCUAGAACGAAUAGCAAUCCGCGGAAAAAGCACAGAGCAAAGAAUAAAAACGUCCAGAACUGCAUGACGAUGGGUUACGAUCCUUCUAUGAGUCAUCAUUAUCACCAACCACAUAUGCCAGAUGAAUAUGGCAAUUACAAUGCCGAGAAUGCCUCUUACCACGCAUCCGGUAUACAAACCCUUAACCCCAACAGAAGCUAUGAGGGUCCUUGUCCGCAGAUAAGGAACUCACAGCGUCGCAAUUCUCCCUCCACUUCGAUGGUAAACUCGAGCGGUAGUCAGAAGCGCGGCAAGGGUAACGGUUUCCCGGACAGGCCGAAGUCAACUGACUUAUACGGUUUCUCCGAGGAUCCUAAUGAAAGGAACUAUCAUUGCGCUAUGGGGACGCCCCAACCAGCUCCUAGAAAUUGUAGUUACGAAGCGUCGUAUUCCCAACCCCAGGAUGAGAUUAAUCCGAACGAUACUGGUGCAAGCAUGCUGGUAGCUCAGGACGGGUUUGUACGAUUUAGACCUUUAGAAGAUGGUCCUUCGCAAACCUGAUUUACCAUUAAUCUGUCGUCUGCGGCAGAUAAUCUUAGCUUCUAAUGUUCGAGAACAUUUUAACACGAGACCAGCUUAUUGAUGUUCAUCAUUUCAUUGUAUAUUAUAAAUGUAUAGUUAGAAUAAACGGUAUUUAAGAACCGUGACGGCCUCUUGUAAAUAGCUUUUAUCAUUUAUUUUUAAGCCUCGUGUAAUUAUAUAAGUUUUAUAAAAUCUCGAACGAGACAAACGCCAUUGUUUUUUUAUUCUUGAUCAUGAUGAACGUUUUCAUUAUUAAAUAAUGAAUCAAUGAUGGUAUCAUUUUAAAAUCAUCGUAUUAUGCCGAUGACAACUUAAAGGAAUAUUCAUUAAGUGUUGCCAUUUUAUCAAUAUUAUACUUAUGUCUAAAGCAUUUAUUUUUCAAAUAGUUCUUUUUCUUUUUCAUCUCAAAAAAUGUAAACAAGAACGCACUACAUGUAAUUUAUAUUAUUAUUCGAAAAUGUUGAACGAUCUGUUUUAGACAUAAGAUAUGUCGUAAGCUAUCAGUUGUUGUAAAAUGACAAAUUAAAUAUAUGUGAUAUCGAAUAGAAUUUUGUUUUUAAUAAGUCUGUCCAUAAUUAUUGUAAGGAAUAUAUCAAAUAAUAUAAUUGUUUCUAUAGACUUGCCAAUUAUUUGUAAUUUGCAACAUUGACACUUGAAUAAACUUCGACGGUACGUUUUUGGUAAGUUUAUAGGCAAGUAGAUUAAUGUCCAUUUAAAAUACUGUUUUAAAAAUAACAUUGAAUUUUAUAUCAAUAGAUUUAGGAAUGUUGUGUUUCCAGUCAAUUUUACAGUGUUAUAAUUUUAUGCAUCAUCAUGACAUAAAUUCAAUUCUAAAUGUCCCUUAUAAACAUUGCCAUAUGCAAAUACAGUGUUUUCUAUUUAGUGUUACCAUAUAAAAUUAUUUGUUUAAUUAUUUUGACACAUUCUUAGAAGGACUAGUCACGUGAUCAAUUAUAAAAUGUCAUAAUUACCUUUCGAACGGUUAUGUACGAUUCCUUUUUUGAAUUCACAAUUUUAGCGGGAAAACAGAUCACUUAAGAUAUAAUUGUUAAAUGAACAACAUUUAUAAAAAUGUAUGAACAUAUUUAUACAUUUAGAAAAAAAUAAUGUUGGCACUAAAAUAGAUAGGUAAUAAAUAAUUGUGUAAAAUAGAAAAGAAGUAAUAUUUAUAAUCGAAAAAAAAAUUUUUUUUUUAUAUUCGGUGUUAAUUUCGAUACGUAAAUAUGCAGUGCUCAUACUAUUAUAAUUCCUAUGUAAAUAAUUCAAAUAUAUCACGGCACAUAAGUGUAUUGUAUUGUGUGCAACUUACUCGCUUUUAAUUUUUAAGAAUUUUGUACAUAAAAUUACAAAAAUGGGUUGUUGAAUACCCUUUUGAAAAAUUGCGUUUUUUCUGUUGUAAAUUAUACUUUUUUUUUUAAUAAUUUCAAGACUGUACCUAUUAUCAUUUAACAAAACGACAGAAAUGUCAUACAUUUACUAUGUAUAAAUAAAUAAAAAAAAGUAUUGAAAA